CACACCACGGCAACCUAAUAAGGAACAAUAUUUCUGCUGUUGUGUUUAAAAAGGUAUACAUUGGUAGUAAGAGUCUAUCGGUGCAUUAUAUGGAUGGUGCACAAGACAAUCUCUCAUUGGGUCGUUGGAUCAUCUAACAAUCAGCCAUUGUUAGAUCAUAAAUUAGCCGUCCGAUAUCCUACCCAACUGUCUGAUUUUGGUUUUCAGAAGUAGUUUUAUUACAUGUAUAAAUGGAUGAACCCGUACCAUUUGAUAUUUCAGUAGUCUGAUGAACCACUUGGUAGACCGCUUUUGGGGCUUCGGCCCCAACGGUCAGAUUCGUUGAAAUCACAAAUCUGACCGUUGGGCGCCAUCAAACGAAAGCCAACCCAAGGAUAAAAAAUUUGACCGUUGGAGGCCAGGCGUUUCUUCAACGCCCUCAAAUAUCUCUGCUCCUCUCUCCGCCCAAUCCAAACCCCCACGUCAAACGCAAGAUCUCUGCAUUCACUCUCUCUUCUCCUUUCCAUUUCCGCUUCUCUAAUCUCCUGCGCGCCUCCCUCUUUCUCUCUGUAUCCCAUUACAACCAAACUUCCUUUCCCAAACUCAAAUCUUCCCUGUUUCUCUCACUUUCCCAAAACCCCAUAUCAAUUCUUUCUUGGUUCUUUCCUCCACCUUCCAAGUCUUACAAUGGCAGAACAAAGAGACAACCAUGUCGUCGAAAUCCCAGUCGAUACCGAGCCCCAGAAGCAAAGCCCCUUUGCUGAUGCCACCCUUGGCGCGAUCCAACACCAUCCCCUGACCGAAAUCUCCAAGAGCCCCGGCCACCUUCUCCUUCUCAAGCUCUGGCAGAGGGAGGAAGACCUCCAUGGGCACCGCAUUGGAGCAAUCGAGGCCCGGCUGGAAGGCAUCAAGCGCGGGGCAUUCCAGCUCUGCUGCCUCUACUUCGCCUUCCAUGGAAUCUCCCUCACCCUCCUUUUCACCUCCUCUGUUAACCAGUCGGAGGAGCGCAGGGCGUGCAAGAACUGGUGGGUCCCUUCCUGCUUGUCCCUUCUCACCUCGCUUGUUUUGGUUUGUGCGGUGCAGAUAAAGAUCUGCGGAUAUUGGAAGGUCUCGAGGCAUUUGCAGAGGGAGAGGGCCGACGGACGGGCCCUCACGAGGUGCAUUCAGGAGUUGAGGAUGAAAGGCGCCAGUUUUGAUCUGUCGAAGGAGCCGCAGACCUCGAAAAGGAUGAAGAGCUCAAGCGUAGAGAUCAAAUGGAGGCCUCUCCAGUGGUGCUCUCAGUAUCUCGUGACCAUAUGUCUUCUCUGCUUCACGGGGAUGAUCUUUCCAGCUUGCAAGUUCAUACUCUGCGGCUAGGAUGGUUUCUUGACAUCAAAAUGAGGAUUCUUUUAUUUAUUUAUCUAUUUUUUUAAAGAGCUAUCUGGGGCUUUAUUUAUUUAUUUAUUAUUUCGGGGCAGCACUCAGUGCCCCGAUGAUUACAUCGCAAGUUACCUUGGAGUUGAUCUUUUUUCCCGGCUUUUGGACAGAAUCAAGUCAAUAUAUGUCAUUUUUUUAUUGAUACAAUAGUUUUGCCUUUGAACCUCACUUAAUUCCUUAAUUUUUUUCUUCUACUAAUAGUUGGAUCUGUAUUAGGAUUUUCUUUGUCCGAGGAUUUAUAGCAAUUGGAGCCUGAUAGGUUCAUGAUUUUAUUUUCACUAAGAAGCUUUGUGAUGUGCUUCUCGAUCAAGAGGAAUUGAGAAAGCUCUUCUGUAUAAAUAUCUAAUCUUUUCCAUCU